AGAUUUCUCACCGCCUUAAACGAAGUGACUUGACCACCAAACCUCGCUAUUCUUCAGCUAGACCAACUAACUCUUUCUUAUUUGCGUUUCCGUUCGACUCGUAUCCCUCUCACUUCCUUCCAAAGGAAAAGUCCUCUCAUUUUAUUAUUCCUUCUUGAUCGAACCACUCUCUAUUUUUCGAAAAUGGGCGUCAAAGUCGGCAUUGUGAUCUACUCCAUCCUGCAGUUCAUCGCGUUCCUGCUCAUCUUGGUAGGCACGCCCAUCGACAUGUUCCGCGCGAAGAACGAGGAUACGAUCGGCAACAAGCCAUGUGUGACGAUGUGGGGUAUUAAAGAGAAGUGCUACAGCACCAAGUACGACAUCCGCCCCAAGGAUCUUUUCGCGCUUUGCAAGGGCCGCCUUGACCGCUUCCGCGCCGCGGAGGCCUUCGCCAUCAUCAACAUCGCCAUCUACCUUGUGGCGUGCAUCCUCGGCUUUGUCCAGCUGUGCUGUUGCCAUUGCCUCCGCUGGGUGUGCCUGCUGCUGAACAUCCUCGGCAUCAGCGCUGUGGUGACUUGGGCUAUCAUGGCGGAUGCCUUCGGCAGCAAGAGCGGCGCUGAUCGUUUCAAUAUCGGCUACUGCGGCAAGCUGAAGGACUUCUCCAAGUACGGUGCUGGCUUUGGCCUCUUUGUGACGGCCUGGUGCCUGGACAUCGUCAACAUCGUCUUCCUGAUGCUGCCGUGCUAA